AUGACAGAAUGCACGGUGGACUCUGUAUCACAGGACAUUCUGGACAACUUACUUUCCUCGAUGAUCCAGGACAUUGUUGCCAAGGAGUCUGUCAAGUUUAAACAAUUGAAGGCGCGAUACCCAGAUUACAAACCGUACUUCUACGAUCCAAAGGGCACGCUCGACGUCCACGGACUCCCCAAGGGCCAAGAGUCGUCUCAGUAUUUUAUGUGCCAAAAUUGUGGGAGGGAAAUAUCUGCUAACAGGUUUGCAGCUCAUUUACAAAGGUGUUUAAGUAGAGCUGGCAGAAGAUAA